AGCGCGGAGCAGCCGCGCCGCCGCUCCCUGCCGCCCUCUCCGCGGUUCUAACCUUCCCCUCCGGAGCUCUGCCCCUCGGCAAACCCACCGGAACCGAGCCCAACCGGAGCCCGGGUCCGGUUCAGGAGGUGCCGAGGACGGCACCGAAAUCGGGCGAGAGAGACGGGAUGCUGCUCUCGAAAAUUAAUUCGUUGGCCCAUCUCCGUGCCGGGACCGGGGGGGAGCUCCACAGCGCCAAACUACAGCCAGGUAAGGAAGGAACGAGGCGGCUUCUGCUCGGUUCGGUUCGGUUUGGGGCCCCGAGCGCAGCUUUUAACGGCCCGGUUUGGCCCGCAGGGAAGGAGAAGGAGCCGCUGGAGAAGCUGUACCGGGUGGGCCCGCUGCUGGGGAGCGGGGGCUUCGGCUCGGUGUACUCCGGUAUCCGCCUGGCAGACAGCACGCCGGUGGCCAUCAAACACGUGGCCCGGGACCGCAUCCCCGAGUGGGGCGAGCUGCCCAGCGGCAUCCGUGUGCCGAUGGAAAUCGUGCUGCUGAACAAGGUGGGCACCGGCUUCCGCGGAGUCAUCCAGCUGGUCGACUGGUUUGAGCUGCCAGACUGUUUCGUGCUGGUGUUGGAGCGUCCUGAGCGCUCGCAGGAUCUGUUCGACUUCAUCACGGAGCGGGGGGCCCUGUCGGAGGAGCUGGCCCGGGGGCUGUUCCGCCAGGUGCUGGAGGCCGUGCGGCACUGCAACAGCUGCGGCGUCCUGCACCGCGACAUCAAGGACGAGAACAUCAUCGUCGACCUCGCCACCGGGGAGCUCAAGCUCAUCGACUUCGGCUCCGGCACCUUGCUCAAGGACACGGUCUACACCGAAUUUGACGGCACCCGGGUGUACAGCCCCCCCGAGUGGAUCCGCUACCACCGCUACCACGGCCGCUCGGCGACCGUCUGGUCCCUGGGGGUCCUGCUCUAUGACAUGGUCUGCGGGGAUGUCCCCUUCGAGCAGGAUGAGGACAUCAUCCGGGGACAGCUCUUCUUCCGGCGGCGGAUCUCCUUAGAGUGCCAGCAUCUCAUCAGGUGGUGUUUGUCCAUAUGCCCCUCGGACAGGCCGUCUUUGGAAGAUAUUUUCAACCAUUCUUGGCUGCAGGGCAUCCUCCUGGCCCAGGAAACUGCAGAGAUCCACCUGCACAGUUUGAUUCAGGGGUCUGGCAAGUAACAGCCCCACGCAUCUGGCCAGAGAAGCAAUGAACUCCAGAUUUCCUCGUGACUGUAGCACCGAGCAGGGAUCACCAGAUGGGAACACGCACACCUUGGUCUGGAACUGGAGACUGGUCUUCUAGGUGCUGGUGGCCACCAUCCAACCCAGCUGUCCUGGACUCCAUCUGAGUGACCCUGUCUCGUUUGAUGUUUUGCCAGUAAUUUUUUGUUGUUGUUGUUGGGUUUUUUUGUUUUGGUUCUGUUUUUGGAGGCUCCCACAUGUCUUCUGGACCUGCUGAAUCUCCGGGACCGCAAGAGGAUUGGAGACCUUAUUGCAAGGAAAGCUUCAAUGGUAGAAAACUGACUUGGGGGUGGGCAGGUGCCGUGGUCAAAUGGCUGUCUCUUCUCCUCUAUCACCACGCUCGAGUGCCUUCAGUUGAGAUCUGGGCUGUUCUGGAGGAAAAAAUACUUGAAUUUUCCUACACUGCUGCUUUUCCAAGACUCGCCUGGGUAUAUAGUUUCUUUUUUCCCUUUUCCAAAAGAAAACUGGUCAGAAGAUGUUUGGGAGCCAAGCAGGCAAUGCCUCACCUCCUGUGCCUCCACCUCACGAGGAUUUUUCUGCAGUUCUUUGCUUCCCUGUGCCCUCACGAAUGCACAAACAAUGCAAACCAACAGAGUAUACAAAGUUCUAUAGAAGCAAAGCUCGUUGUACAGUUGUUAAUAGUGAUAAGAUUUUACUUGUUUUCAUAUUUUUUUUUUCUCUCUCCAGGUUUUUGUUAAUUUAUUUUCAUGAAUUUGUUCUGGGUUUGUUUUGUUUGUUUGGUUGUUGGUGUUUUGGUUUUUUUUUUAUAAGAAGUCUAGCUGGUAGGAUAACUUAUUUAUUUAUUUAUAAUUCACGUGGGUUUCCAGCCCACACCUUGCUUCUCACAGCUGCUGAUCCCCCCCCCCCUCCCCAGUUUCCCAUUGGGGUCUUCCCUCCGUGUCUGUCCAGUGUCCCUCCCCGGGUCCGUAGCGUUUCCGUCGGGUGUUUGGCAGAGGUGUGGAGCGGCUGUUGCUCCCCAGCUGUCACUGUCCUGGUUGCUGUUGUUUCCCUGCCUUGUGCAGAUGAGUUUUUUGGGUUGUUUUCCCCAUGGGUGUCUUGGCUGGAGAGGGGGGAGCCAGCCUGGGCUGUCUGUGCUGUCGAGUCUUUCCAUGUAACCAAGUGUUUAGCCGGCGGGUUUGUUGGUUUUUUUUUUUUUUUUUUUUUUGUUACUAGUUAAUAUUGUACAGGGGAAUUCAGAAAUCUUAUUUUUUUUAUGCGGUUUUAAAUAAAAACAAACCACUCGAUGUGA